CACUUAAGGAUGAUACAAAUAAUGGUAGAUCCACAGCAAGCGAGUAGUUUGCCUCAGCUUUCCGUACAUGACACAACAAGUAGAAGAAACACAGUUUUACAAUGGAAGAAUCCAACAGGAAAGGGCAUCACACGGAAAUGUAUAACAGCCCUGACCUAAUUUUACGGAGAGGGCAGUCGUUUUGGAUAACUCUGGAUUUUGACAGGCCUAUUCAGGAAUGGGACAGCAUCAUCUUCACUGCACAGACCGGUCCCUUGAACGCAAAGUUUUACAACAUCAAUGUGGAAUUUGGCCUGUCAAACUCGUGGUCCAGUGGAAUGUGGAGUGCUGUCCUGGAGAGCGCUCCUGGCAAUACUUUACGAAUUAUAAUGUCCAGCCCAGCCAAUGCAGUCAUAGGACGCUACAACCUCACUGUCCAGAUUUCAAUAAUGGGGCAUACAUCCACAUACUCGCUUGGAAAAUUCAUCCUGCUUUUUAACCCCUGGUGCCUCGAUGAUGAGGUAUACAUGACUAAUGAAGAUGAGAGGAACGAAUAUGUUCUGAAUGACAAUGGACUUGUGUUUAUCGGUAGUGAGAAGCAUAUAGCAAGCCUAGCCUGGAACUUUGGUCAGUUUGAAAGCAAUAUCUUGAACAUCUGCCUGGAUAUGUUGGACAGAAGCUUGAACUAUCGUAAUGAUCCAGCUGCAGACUGCUCCAAAAGAAACAGUCCAAUGUAUGUGGGAAGAGUUAUUAGUGCUAUGAUCAACAGCAAUGAUGACUAUGGUGUGCUUGAAGGAAAAUGGGAAAAAGAAUUUUCUGAUGGUGUUGACCCAAACACUUGGACUGGAAGUGUGGAAAUUCUUUGGAAGUGGCAAAAGGAAGGCUAUAAGCCUGUUAAAUAUGGGCAGUGUUGGGUGUUUGCAGCUGUCAUGUGCACAGCCCUCAGAUGCCUGGGCAUUCCAACCAGAGUGAUCACAAAUUUUAACUCUGCCCACAACACCGAUGGAAAUCUAUGCGUUGACUUGCACUACGAUAAUGAUGGAAAGUUCAUGGAAAUAUCUGAUGACAGUAUCUGGAAUUUUCAUGUUUGGGAUGAAUCCUGGUUUUUGCGUAAAGAUCUGGGACAGUUCUACGGUGGCUGGCAGGUCCUAGAUUCAACCCCUCAAGAACAGAGUCAAAAUGUUUAUCGCUGUGGCCCUACCUCAGUUAACGCUGUGAAAGAGGGAGAUGUGCACCUGCCAUAUGACACCCCAUUUGUCUACUCUGAGGUGAAUGCUGAUCGUGUUACUUGGGUCUGUCACAAAGAUGGCAGAAAGGAGCAGGCCCACAGUGACACCAAAGCCGUGGGACAAUUUAUUAGCACCAAGGCUGUAGGAAGUAAUGACCGUGUGGAUAUUACACAUAGCUACAAAUAUCCAGAAGGUUCCCCUAAAGAAAGGGAGGUAUUUGAGAAAGCCAAUCGAAGACUCUCUAAUUAUAGAGCACCAGCAGAGCGAUCUAAUGAUGUAAAUAGCACGAGAGAUAGAAGAGUAACAAAUGAGGUCUUAAUGGACACUAUAGAAAACUCAAGGCCGCGAUCAAAUACUUUGCCAUCAAGGCCAACAACAAAUACGUUACGUCCAAGACCUACACCAAAUGUACCACUUUCCAGACCCAUGUCAAAUUCAGUAGCCUCAAUACCUUCAGCAGUUGACUUGCCAUCAAGACCCAGAUCCAACACACUGUAUCCAAGAGGGGUUGCAAAUGGAUUCCGUUCAAGAUCUACAGAAAGAGUAUAUAAUCCAAGACCACCUGUAAAUACAUUCCCAGAGAGACCUCCGCCACUCAAUACAUUCCCAGAGAGACCUCCGCCACUCAAUACAUUCCCAGAGAGACCUCCGCCACUCAAUACAUACCCAGAGAGACCCCCCUUAGAUGGGCCAGAUAUUGCCGGAAAAUUCAAGCUCCUUGGUCCACUAGCAGUGGGAGAUGACAUUAAUCUUCUCUUAUCCCUAAAGAACCUCACUCCUUACCACAGACAAGUAACUGUAAACCUAACCGCUUCUUGCAUCCUGUAUACGGGAAGACAUAUAAAUGACAUCUUUCAGGAUCAAAAAUCUCUAAUUAUCAACCCAAGUCAAGAAGGACAUAUAUCUUUGCAAAUCCCAUACACCCUCUAUGGCAACUUUCUAACUGAUGGAAACAUGAUACAGGUGGUUGCUGUUUGUGAAUUACCAUUCCGUAAGAAAGUGGUUAUAACUAAGGAACUAGUCUUAGACAACCCACCCAUAAGCAUCAAGCCCCUAGAGUUGGCAGUACUUAACAAGAAGAUGAAUGUGGAGGUCCGUUUUACAAACCCCCUGUCCUUUGUUGUCAAAGACUGUACUGUGGCAGUGGAAGGAGCCGGACUGGUAGAUCGGCAACUCACGGCUAUGGUGCCGUACAUCAAACCUAAACAGAACAUAAAGUUCAAGGUGGAGAUAACCCCCUUCAGGAGUGGAACGAGGCAACUGAUAGUGCAUGUUAAAUGUAGAUAUUUUUCAAUUAAGGGACACCAGCAGCUGAACGUGGUAUCCUGGGUAGUAGCCCAUAGCUUGCUGGUUGCUUUGAGUUACUGCCAAGUCUUAAAAUUGAGAAAAUUUAGCAUGGAAGAAUUAUCCAACAUGGUGGAACACAGGACGAACUAUUACAGCAGCGGUGAUCUGAUCUUGAGACGAGCGCAGGCCUUUCGAAUAAAACUUGACUUCAAUAGGCCUCUUCAGGAAAGAGACAAGGUGAAAUUCAUUGCAGCCACAGGACCUGCCCCACAUGAAUCUGAUGACACAAUGUCUAUCUUUCCACUGUUUGGUUCUGACAGUGAAAGGUCUUGGACAGCUGAUGUAGAUUCCAUUGACACUAAUCAUGUCACUGCCUUAAUUACAAGCCCAGCGGAUGCACCUAUUGGUCGUUAUAAACUGCAACUUUACAUCACAUCCAGUAAAAAAAAAUCAUACGUCAAAUUACGCGAGUUUAUACUCCUUUUCAACCCCUGGGCUGAAGAUGAUGCAGUGUAUAUGGAGGAUGAAAGCGAGAGGCAUGAGUAUGUCUUGAAUGACCAUGGAAUCAUCUACUUUGGACACGAGGAUAUGAUUGAUGAACAGGGUUGGGACUUUGGCCAAUUUGAAGAAAAUAUUUUAGACAUUUCUCUCCAGAUCUUGGAUAGGAGUUUGAACUAUCAGGAUGAUCCAGUAUUGGAUUGUUCCCAGAGGUAUGAUCCUGGUUAUGUAGGACGAGUACUUAGUGCAAUGAUUAACAGCUUUGAUGAUAAAGGAGUGAUAGAAGGGAGGUGGUCUGGAAAAUUCACUGGUGGUGUUGAUCCCCAACACUGGAUGGGAAGUGUGGAGAUUCUUAUGAGAUGGUACAGGGGAGGCUACAAACCAGUCAAAUACGGGCAGUGCUGGGUGUUUGCUGCAGUCAUGUGCACAGUGCUUCGAUGUCUUGGAAUCCCAACCAGAGUAAUCACAAAUUUUGCUUCUGCCCAUGACAAAGAUGGAAACCUGAGUAUUGACAGUAUUUAUAGCAGCACAGGAAGAAAUAUGAGCAAAGACUCCAUGUGGAACUUUCAUGUCUGGAAUGAGAGCUGGUUCAGCAGAAAUGAUUUAGAUUCGGCCUACAGAGGUUGGCAAGUGCUGGAUUCAACCCCACAAGAGUUAAGUGAAGGUAUUUAUUGCUGUGGUCCAGCUUCAGUCCAUGCAGUGAAGGAAGGAGACGUUGAUUUGGAGUACAAUAUUCCAUUUGUUUUUGCUGAAGUAAAUGCUGACCGCAACACCUGGGUUUAUUAUGAUAAAGAUGUGAAAGAGAAAGUUUACACUGAUUCCAAAAUUGUGGGGAAAAACAUAAGCACCAAGGGUGUUAGCAGUAAUCAACGGGUUGACAUUACCAACAACUAUAAAUAUCCAGAAGGAACUGAGAAAGAAAGGCUGGUGUAUUUGAAGGCUCGCAAGAAGUUGCUGGAUAUGGGAGUCCUGAAAGAGGAAGAUCUUGGAAGGCGGUAUAUUGGAAAAAAGCGCUAUAAGAAAAGAGGCCGUGCUUCUGGAUCAGCUGAUGACAGUGAAGAGCCAACUGAGUUAGACAUAACUGGAAAAUUUCAGCUGGUUGCACCACCAACAUUUGGCGAUGAUGUGAACUUGCUAUUGAGUUUAAGAAAUUCUGGUCAAAAGAGCGAGACUUUGAAAGUGAAAUUAAGUUCCUCUGCCAUUGAGUACACUGGUAGGCCUAUGGCCGAGAUCUUUACUGAUCAAAAAUCUGUGACCCUGGGUUCCAUGAAAGAGAAACAAAUCCCCAUUAACAUUUCUGCCAGUCAGUAUGAGGAGGACCUGACCAAAGACUAUCUCAUAGAAGUGGUUGCUCUUUGUGAAUUAAAAUCCAAGAAGAAGAUGUUGGUUCGUAGAGUUGUUACUAUAGAAAAGCCUCCUCUCCGUAUCCAGGUUCUUAGCUAUCCUGUGGUAGACGAGCCAUGUGAACUAAAAGUCUUCUUCAAAAAUCCACUUUCUGUGCCCCUAUCUGAUGGGAUUUUGUUGAUAGGAGGAAGCGGUCUCACCAGGAAGCAGAUCAAGAGAAGAGUGCCAAGACUUGGGCCCAAAGCAGACGGCAGCAUUUUUCUGGAGUUCACUCCUUACAGGGUUGGUACCCAGCAGCUGGUGGUGGAUUUUAUCUCAAAGCAUUUCUCAGCUAUUAAAGGAUUCCAAAGUGUAGAGGUGGCAGAAUACAAUGUAGAAAGCGUUUCAGAAGAAAUCAUAGAAGUCGAAGAUGAUUAACUGGAUAAUGAUUGAUUGACAUUCCAUAAUCAGUCUACAAAAAAACAAUGUACUGAACUCUUUAUCUGGCCUAUACCAUGUUUUUUUUUACUAUAGGGUAGCAUCUACAUUAGAAUAAACCCUAUUAAUAAGAUAGUAUUAAUGACCAGUUUUAUCUUUUCAUGAGCUGGUUGACAGCCAUUGAAUAACCUGAAAAAUAUAAUGUCUAUAGCGCAGGCACCCUGUAACUUAAAUUUUAGCACCGUAUAUGCUAUUAACUACAUAAGCACAUAGAGAGCACUUGCGAAAGAUCAACAUAGAUUUUGUUUCUCUGCAGACACAGAGCAUAUUUGGGCUCCUUCCUUAUGUUGAAAUGGAAAUAUGCAUUGUAAUUAUAAUAUGUGUACCAUGCAAUCCUUUGAGUUCAUUGUCUAUUAAAGGGGAAAGAUACCUAGAAUAUAUACAUACAGCCAUUUUUCUUUUGUACGACAUAAUGUUAUUAUUUUUCCAUGUCUACUUUCAUAACAGAAUGUUUAAUGCUAACUCUGAAGUUCUUACACUUAUGUGUGUCACAUAAUAAUACUACAAUAUGUACUGUAUCUCCUCUCUUGCCACAUUAGUAGCCAACAGCCACAGAAUAGGGAGCCUAUUGGGUGAUAUGCCAUUCCUAACUUGCUGGACAGGGUGACACAUUAAAACAUAUAAAUGGGCUUCCCAGUUCUCUUGUUUUUAAGAGCAAGUGUCCUAUGUUUUCCUCCCUGUGGAUUUUGGGAAAUUUGCAAUGUAUACGAGAAUGGUGCAACGGGCAUCAAAGGUCAUUGCUUACAAUCUUAAGUGGUCUAGGUUUCCAUAACAGAAAUAUUCUCAAUAUAGUAUAAAAACUCAAGUUGACUGAUAUUAAGAUGAUUGACAUUGAUUGCCAUUAAUAUAGUAUAGGUGUACAAGUGAGGGCCGCAUGUGACCCUUCUGUGCUCAGCUGUGGCCCCAUGUUAGUUUCAAUAAAUAAAUGUUGGGUAUGUUGGCAGUUAAUAUAUCACUAGAACAAGAAAUCAAUACCAUCAGAAUGUAUAUACUGCUAGUAAGUUACACAACACUUUACAUUAAUUUAUAACAAACAGGGUUCAGAUAAUAAUUUAACAAACAAGGGUUACAGAAUAAAAACUGGUUGACGGGGUCUAGAGUUCCAUAACAGUUAGAUCCCUAAUAAAGUAUAAGAAUCAAAGAACUCCAAUUGACUGAUAUAGUAAGAUGUGAUGAUUGCCAUAAAUAUAAUAUAUAAUAUAGUGAUUUUUUUCUAUCAUUCCUAAACAUAUUAUUUACUAAAGAAUAUAUAGCGGAAUUUGAAUUAUAUUUGUGUAAGCUAAUCAAUAGCAGAAUUUGAAUUAUAUUUGUGUAAGCUAAUCAAACUGAAGUUCAUAUUGCAUAUUAAACAAAGAAAUUGUCCUGAAUAAUAAAUUUAUUUUAUUAAUGUCUG